AUGCUACGUAAACUGAGAAAGAACAGCUUAUCCUACAGGUAUGAUGGUCCUACUUGGAUAGUUUUAUCUCCGCAUUUUUACCGCUCUCUGGAAGAGGUGUCUUUCAUAUGCCGAGUGUCGGAAUCUUGUUUUUGGUUGGGUCUACCAUACCGCCUGGUCAGCUGGAUUGGCGGGGGAUGGCAGACCCUCGUUGUUAAUCCAUUCUCUGGAGCUGAGCAUUCUCGACGAACCUCCCCCUCCCACCAACCUCUGUUUCACGCACAUCUCACUGCUUAGCUUUCGAUAUGAAGGAACUUGAAUUCAAGUUCGCUGCUGGAAUUCUAUGUUUGACCAGUCUGAUAUCAUCAUUGACGUCCGGGGCUGGGGUCGUGCUUCAACCGAGAGAUGUAGAAGUUGACUUUAGCGGAAUGCCCGAGUGUAUGUCUAAAGUUUGUAUCCCGUAGGUUUCUUCCUCACAUCUUUAUCCUUCGAACUUGGGCGUGAUAAGCUGAUAGACUUGAAUAGGAUCCUAGGCUCAUCGCUAGGCUGCGGACCAACGAUCUUGGUAGACUGUUUCUGCGGAAAGCCGAAUCCUCUAUUGUGCGGUUGGGUGUGAGUUUUUUUGCACUGCCCUUCUACGCUCCUCACGAAUUCCUCACUUUGUUUUUUUUUUUUCUUCUUUCCUUCCCUCCUCGCUCACACAAGUUAGGACGGACUGGGAGUGUUGGAACCGUACGGAAGACUGGUAUGAUACCCAGUGCCCUGGGAAGCCUCUUGUCGACCUCACCGGAAUCCCUAGCUGCGUGCGCAGUUGCUUCGACAAGACAAAUGUUUGUAUCGAAUCUACUUCCAACUGUAUAUGCUCCCAGCCAAAACCUGAUUGCACCGCUUCGAAAACCGACUGCAAUUCUAGCGAGGUGGCCGUGUACGAUGCUUGGUAUUCAAAGUCUUGCGAGUAUAAUCAGACGACCUUGACCCUCCCGAAUCCCUCUUCGACGAAGGUGCCACCAUCGUCUACUACCGUUAGUACCACAUCUACCUCUCCGCCCGCGAGCUCUUCUGCCAGUGGUGGCGGUGGAGGUUUAUCGAAAGGAGGUGUUGCCGGAGUUGCCAUCGGCGCGUUUAUCGGGACUGUCGCCCUGGGGACCCUCUUAUAUCUCUUCCUUUUCCGGAGACCGAAAAAUCCCGUGCAGGACUACAGCACUGCGCAGCCCGCGCCGGUGGAGAUAGAGGGCUCUUCCCAUCCAAAGGUCAGAUACGAGCUGAUGUCGGGAGAUGCGCACUUGGUGCCUCCCGCAAAAGCUCCCGUGGACGAUUCUCGCCCUACGAGCGGUAUUUAUGCUCCUGUUGGGGGAACCCGACCUAACAGUGGACUUGGUCCCAUCUCGCCAGCAGGAGAGGGAGGGCUUGACCGAGGAUUUUAUGAACCGAAAUAGGGGUCUAGGUGUUUAGGCAGUGGGGUUCUUUUUUUUUUGUGUUUUUUUCUCUUGUUUUCCGUUCCGGUUUUCAUCUGUACAGUACUGUACAUGUUUACAUAAAGGGUCUUUCGGUAGUAUAUUAUGAUGGGAGCUUUUGAAAUAUCG